AUGGGAAUUGCCAAGCGUCCCGAAACUCAGCGCAGGGCUGGUGUUCUGUCCCGUACAGACGUGCAGGGAGAGAAAGUUCGGGGUAGAUACGAGGGCCCACAGGUUUCCAUUCCCUGCACACCAGGAACCCUGAAGAUCAGUCAUAUGGACAACUUCUCAGCCCCAGGAGCUGAUAAAGCUAUGGAAAAGCCUUUAGGUGAUUUGCAGUGGGAUCUCGUAUGUGACAACGACUGGAAGGGACCCCUGAGCACCUCCCUGUUCUUUGUGGGCGUCCUGCUUGGAUCUUUCGUAUCAGGACAGCUCUCAGACAAGUUUGGCAGGAAGAACGUGCUGUUUGCAACUCUGGCAAUGCAGACUGGCUUCAGCUUCAUACAGGUCUUCUCUACCAGCUGGGAGAUGUUUUCGGUGUUCUUUGUGCUGGUCGGCAUGGGACAGAUAUCAAACUACGUGGCAGCAUUUGUUCUCGGCACAGAAAUUCUUGGCAAAUCAAUUCGUGUGCUGUUCUGCACGCUAGGCGUUUGCAUAUUUUAUGCAUUUGGCUACAUGUUGCUGCCCCUGUUUGCUUACUUCAUCAGAGACUGGCGGAUGCUGCUGCUGGCGCUUACUUUACCUGGGCUGCUCUGCAUCCCGCUCUGGUGGGUUAUUCCUGAAUCUCCACGGUGGCUGAUCUCCCAGGGAAGAUUUCAAGAGGCAGAAGACAUCAUCCGAAAGGCUGCAAAAACUAAUGGCAUUACGGCCCCAGAUGUAAUACUUGACCCUAGUGAGCUGCAAGAUUUGAAUUCCCAGAAGCAACAGACAUACACCAUUUUGGAUCUAAUGAAAACCCGAAAUAUCCUAACUAUCACAAUUAUGUCAGUGAUUCUUUGGAUGAUCAUCUCUGUUGGUUAUUUUGGACUUUCUCUUGACACGCCUAACUUGCAUGGAGACGUCUAUGUGAACUGCUUCCUCUCAGCAGUGAUUGAAGUUCCAGCCUACGUUAUCUCCUGGCUGCUGCUUCGAAGCUUCCCUCGACGGUAUUCAAUGGCUGCUGCGUUAUUCUUGGGAGGCUGUGUUCUUCUCUUCAUUCAGCUGGUGCCUUCACAUAUUCGUGUGCUGUCGAUUCUGCUGGUGAUGUUAGGGAAAUUCGGGAUCACAUCUGCCUUUUCAAUGGUUUAUGUCUACACGGCUGAGCUCUACCCAACCGUAGUGAGAAACAUGGGCGUUGGAGCAAGUUCCAUGGCCUCUAGACUGGGCAGCAUCCUCUCGCCUUACUUCGUUUACCUGGGUGCCUAUGAUCGAUUCCUGCCUUACAUCCUGAUGGGGAGCCUGACUGUGCUAUCAGGAAUUCUGACUCUGUUUCUGCCGGAAAGCUACGGUAUGCCUCUUCCAGACACAAUUGAGCAAAUGCUGUUGGUGAAAGGAUUAGAAUACAGGCCUGCAUCUAGUGGCACAAGGGAUUCCAAGGAGGAAGAAGAAAAUCCAGAGAUUUUUAAAAGCACAGCUUUUUGAUGGAACUCCUGUGUACUUCCUGGUGGACUGAAGGUUAAAUUCAUUCUAGAAAGGGCUAGUGGCAAGACUUAGUUUGCUGUAAUUUUAACCUUAUUUAUUAAUUUAAACACACUGUUCUGUACAUUCUCUUUUUAUAGGAACAUAAAUACU